AGCCGCGCUCAUUCCUUAGGCGAGACGAGAUACGAGUAGAUAUACGUGUGCGACGUCCAACGUAUUUUUUCGCGAUCGAAUCGUGUUUGACGAGCACGAACCCUCGUUAAGUGAUACAGUGAUAAGAGACACAUAGUGUUUAACUCGGGCGAAAACAUGGCCGACAGUGGUAUCAAGCGUAACAUUCCCAUCAAGCUCGGUGAUUUCAGCGUGAUCGACACCGAAUUCUCUAAUAUACGCGAGCGCUUCGACGCCGAGAUGAAAAAGAUGGAGGACGAGAUGUCGCGGUUUCGCAGCGAAUUGAUGAACCGCGAGAGCAACAACUUCUUCAAGAGCACCACCAGUUUGGUUCCUCCCCGCCGGCAAGGAUCACCGGGACGAUCCGCGAUGAUCCUGGACGAGGAUCUCUAUCCACCCAGGCAUAAAACAGUGCUCCAAUUCCGUCGGCAUCACACGAGCAGCAGCGAGCAUCGCACAUCGACGACCUCGAAGACCGAAGGUUGGGACAAGAUCGACCCUGCAGCACCGUCGAAGCAAUCCGCGUUCGACAGCUUCAAAAGCACCACCACGCAACAGAGCACUCAGAAUAGCAGUUCCUUGAGUCCUCACCAUGACCAUACCUGGCUGGAAGGCCUCAACAGUCCUCUCAUCCAGGACGAGGGUGACAACAAGAUGUUGAAGCUGCGCUUCGACGUGUCGCAGUACACGCCCGAGGAGAUCGUCGUCAAGACUGUGGACAACAAGCUACUGGUUCACGCUAAACACGAGGAGAAAACAGAAAGCAAAUCAGUGUACAGGGAAUACAACCGAGAAUUCCUGUUGCCGAAAGGAACCAAUCCUGAGAGCAUCAAGUCUUCCCUGAGUAAGGACGGUGUCCUUACCGUGGAGGCGCCAUUACCAGCGAUCGGCUCCGGAGAGAAGCUAAUCCCGAUCGCACAUCAGUAAACUCGCAAUGAAUCGAACGCAGAAAAUCGAUUUCUAAUUUCCUGUCUGAAAUUCCUCCUGUUCCAAGCACCAUUCGAUUUAUCCAAAUUGGACUUUCCUUCCUCAAGGUAAAUUUUGCAUCCUUAUAAUCCUUUAUGUAACUUAAAUGCAAAUCGAUUCAUUUGCGCGAGAGUUGUUCGACCAAUCUUAAUAAUAGAAACAGCGCCAAAUGCAGCAUGGUGCGCAUCGACUCAUUAACUAAAAAGAAAAUCAAACGUAGAUGAAUGUGCUAUAUAAGUGAAAAUUCAGAGAAAAUAUUUGAUAAAGCCCUUUCCUUUUUCAUACGAAGCAGCUUUAUUCCUUUGAUACACAAAA